AGCCGGCAGUACAGCUACAGUACCUUCAGUGCUGUGAAUGUUGUUAAUGAUGCCUGACUGAGUCUGUUAUACCACUGAGGUAAACACAUUAUAGCGUAUAAUAUUAAUUAGAGUGAACUAAGCUGGAAUUACUUCACGAAAUGUCAUGGAUAAUUUUACUAAUGUUACAUUAUUAACUCUUGAAGGCUAUGUAGAGCUGGAAAAGUACAGAUAUGUCUAUUUUGUAAUUUCUCUUGCAGUGUAUUUGUUGAUUAUUUGUUGUAAUUCUGUUAUAGUUUCAAUAAUAUACUCAAACAAGUGUCUGCAUGAGCCGAUGUACAUAUUCAUCGCUGCUUUACUCUGUAAUGCUCUUUGUGGAACGUCUGGUUUUUAUCCUAAACUACUUAUUGAUUUACUGUCUGAAAGACCAGCUAUUUCAUAUGAAGGCUGUAUUUUUCAGGCCUUCUGGCUUUACACUUACGCUGCUGCAGAGUUUACACUGUUAUCAGCUAUGGCCUAUGAUAGAUACGUGUCCAUAUGUAAACCUUUACAAUACGCCACUCUUGUAAAAAUGUCUACAGUUAGAAAACUCUUAUUUAUCUGCUGGUUUUGGCCUUCCUGUCAAAAUAGUAUAUCAAUAAUUUUAACAUACCAACUUCGCCUGUGUAAAUAUAAAAUAAAUAGAAUUUACUGUAAUAAUUAUGCCGUUGUUAAAUUAAGCUGUGGAGAUAUAACUGCAAAUAAUUUAUUCGGGCUGUUUAGUCUAACUGUUAUGGUGUUCCCACCAGUUAUCUUUGUAAUCUACUCCUAUAUUAGAAUACUUGACGUCUGUUUAAAGAAUUCGAAGGAUUUUAGAAGAAAAGCUCUACAGACCUGCUUCCCUCAUCUUCUACUGUUUAUCAGUUUCAGUGUAACCGCCUGUUUUGAGGUGAUUAACAGCAGAUUUGAAAGAAAUGUUCCUCAUUUAUUCGCUAUGAUCAUGUCUGUUGAAUUUAUUGUUAUUCCUCCUCUGCUUAAUCCUGUUGUUUAUGGACUGAAAAUGCAGGAAAUUUUUAAUAGAAUUAAGAAGAUGCUUCAGACACGGAAGACGCACGUUUUUAAAGAGUAAAAUCUCUGUUUUUUUUACUUUUUGUGUAAGGGUCACACAUAAAAGUACACAGUUAAAUAGUUAAGUAAUGUCUCAACCAAUUAUGUAUUAACACUAAUGAAGAGAUUAUUAAACAUUACUACAUUUUAAUGCUUAAAUUACAACUUAAAGAAAGGGAAAGAUCAACAUUCUGUUGUAAUUAAUGUCACUUACCUGUAUUUUUUAUUUUAUUUAAAAGCUUUAUUAGAGCUUGCUAGAACUGAAUGUUUAUGUAGGCAACUGUAGUCAACCUGUGCACAUUUUGCAUUUGUAAUUUUAUUCGUAACUGUUUACUCACCUCUAUUUAAAAUCUAAUCCAUUUCUGUACUGUGUUAUUUUGGAAAAUAAAUUUUGCUUAUACAUGUAUAUCAUCAUCUCUGUAUUUCUUGUUAUUGUUUUAGAUUUUAUGUUUAAUAUAUUGUAUUAUUUUAAUAUAUUGUACUGUUAACUUAACUCUGUUUAAAAUGUGUUACAUUUCUGUAUUUACUGUGUCAUUUUAUUGUAUAUUUUUACUGUAUGCAUUACAACUUUGCUUAUACAUGUUUAUUACAUUAUCAUCUCUGUAUUCCAUGCUAUUAUUUUAGA